AUGGCCGAGAAACCAGAGGACCUCAAUCUUCCCAAUGCUGUCAUCACGCGGAUUAUAAAAGAGGCAUUGCCAGAUGGAGUUAACGUCUCCAAGGAGGCAAGACGAGCGAUAUCUCAAGCAGCCAGUGUUUUCGUUCUCUAUGCAACAUCUUGUGCAAACAAUUUUGCUAUGAAAGCAAAAAGGAAGACACUCAACGCUGGAGAUGUGAUGUCAGCUAUGGAGGAGAUGGAGUUUGAGCGUUUCUUGCAACCCUUGCGGGAAGCACUUGAAGCUUACAAGAAAGGUCAGAAAGGCAAGAAGGAGGCAUCUGAGCAAAAACGUAAGGACAAGGAGAAGAAGAACAGCCCAGGUGAGAACGACAAGAGUAGAGAUGAAGAGGAAGACGAGCACAUGGAUGAUGAGCAGGAGGGAGAGAAUGAAGGCGAGGAAGAGGAUGUGGAGAACUGAGAGCAAGCAGGACUUUUAUAUUUGUUCAGUCCGUCCUGGUUUCCAUCAACCAUGGCAAAUAAUAGUUUCCACGUUAAUGGUGGGACAAUAACUAGCCUAUGGUGCUGAAUACAAAUGUUUCACUUUAUGAAAUUGAGCAAGUGUACAAAAAUGAUUGUGGCAACUUUCCUGCGGAGUGCUGUUUUGAAUACAGUGAGGUAUAUUUCAAGAGAAAAUGCACAUUGUCUCCUCAAAUUCACUUUAAUCAGUUAUACAUAACACAGUAGUACCCACACAGUUUUAAGCAAAUAAAUGUACUAUUACCGGAGUCAAGAAAUUGGAAAAAUGUGAUGCGUGUUAAUGAUUUAGGAUGAGAAAUAAAAGGUGAGCAGCUUGAAGUACUCAAACAUUUUGUAAACAAGGUUUCUGCUGUUGCGAAACAUUUAUAUUAUGCCAGUUUUUUUUCCCCGUUUUAAAAGUCAGGUUUAUUUUCUAGGGCAACAACACAUAUCUAAGCUUACAUACUUUUGUACUUUGUAUAACUUGGGAAUAUUUGAGUACCUGUUAGCCAUUUUUUUUCAAAUAAAUAAUUG